UUCUUUUUCCGGGACAAGAUGGCGCCGUCCACGCCGCUCCUGACAGUCCGAGGAUCAGAAGGACUGUACAUGGUAAAUGGACCACCACAUUUUACAGAAAGCACUUUGUUUUCAAGGGAAUCUGGGAAAAAUUGCAAAGUCUAUACCUUUAGUAAGGAUGGCACCUUGUUUGCCUGGGGCAACGGAGAAAAAAUAAAUGUUAUCAAUGUCACUAACAAGGGAUUGCUGCACUCCUUCGACCUCCCAAAGGCAGUUUGCCUUGAGUUUUCACCAAAAAACACUGUCCUGGCAACGUGGCAGCCUUAUACUACUUCUAAAGAUGGCACAGCUGGAAUACCCAACCUGCAACUUUAUGAUGUGAAAACUGGUACAUGUUUGAAGUCUUUCAUCCAGAAAAAAAUGCAAAAUUGGUGUCCAUCUUGGUCAGAAGAUGAAACUAUCUGUGCCCGAAAUGUUAACAACGAAGUUCACUUCUUUGAAAACAACAAUUUUAACACAAUUGCAAAUAAAUUGCAUUUGCAAAAAAUUAAUGAUUUUGUGUUAUCACCUGGACCCCAACCAUACAAGGUGGCUGUCUAUGUUCCAGGAAGUAAGGGUGCACCUUCAUUUGUUAGAUUGUAUCAGUACCCCAAUUUUGAUGGACCUCAUGCAGCUUUAGCUAAUAAAAGUUUCUUUAAAGCUGAUAAGGUUACAAUGCUAUGGAAUAAAAAAGCUACUGCUGUGUUAGUAAUAGCUAGCACAGAUGUCGACAAGACAGGAGCAUCCUACUAUGGAGAACAAACACUGCACUACAUUGCAGCAAAUGGAGAAAGUGCUGUUGUGCAAUUGCCAAAAAAUGGUCCCAUUUAUGAUGUCGUUUGGAAUUCUAGUUCUACUGAGUUUUGUGCUGUUUAUGGUUUUAUGCCUGCCAAAGCGACGAUUUUCAACUUGAAAUGUGAUCCUGUGUUUGACUUUGGAACUGGUCCUCGUAAUGCAGCCUACUAUAGCCCACAUGGACAUAUAUUAGUACUAGCUGGAUUUGGAAAUCUGAGGGGACAAAUGGAAGUGUGGGAUGUUAAAAACUACAAACUUAUUUCUAAACCAGUGGCCUCUGAUUCUACCUAUUUUGCUUGGUGCCCUGACGGUGAGCAUAUUUUAACAGCCACGUGUGCUCCCAGGUUACGUGUUAAUAAUGGGUACAAGAUUUGGCAUUAUACUGGCUCUGUCUUACACAAGUAUGAUGUGCCGUCAAAUGGAGAAUUAUGGCAGGUUUCUUGGCAGCCAUUUUUAGAUGGAAUAUUUCCAGUAAAAACAAUAACUUACCAAGCGGUUCCAAGUGAUGUACCCAGUGAAGAACCUAAAGUUGCAACAGCUUAUAGACCCCCAGCUUUAAGAAAUAAGCCAAUCACCAAUUCCAAACUGCAUGAGGAGGAACCACCUCAGAAUAUGAAACCACAAGCAGGAAAUGAUAAGCCAUUAUCAAAAACAGCCCUUAAAAAUCAAAGGAAGCAUGAGGCUAAGAAAGCUGCAAAACAGGAAGCAAGAAAUGAGAAGAGUCCAGAUUUGGCACCUACUCCUGCCCCACAGAGCACACCACGAAAUACUAUCUCGCAGUCAACCUCUGGAGACCCUGAAAUAGACAAAAAAAUCAAGAACCUAAAGAAGAAACUGAAAGCAAUCGAACAACUGAAAGAACAAGCAGCAGCUGGAAAACAGCUCGAAAAAAAUCAGUUGGAGAAAAUUCAAAAAGAGAAAGCCCUUCUCCAGGAGCUGGAAGAUUUGGAAUUGGGUAUUUAAAGAUUCACAGAGAGCAAGUUGUUACCAGAAAUCAGUGCAAACACAUUUUCUGUUAAACCCAUUGGUGGACAUGAAAUAUCCAUGUGCCCACAUUUAAUUUUCAUCUAUAAUUUUAACCAUUUAUCCAAGAUUCUGCAUAUGUGUGAAGUUACUUAAUAAUGUCUGUUAAAUUGAUUUUUACAUCCUGCAUCCUAUACCAUGUCAACACAUGAUAAAGAAAAGAAACACAUGAACUUUUUAGUAAGUUUGACAGAUUGAAAGACAGUGUCAUUGGUUUUUUUAUUAGGAGACAGUAUUUACCAUACAUGUGAAUAAAAACAUUUAAAUUUAAUCAUUGUUCGCUUUGUUAUAAGUUCCUAAGUUAACAUGUCCUUUAUUAAUUAAUCAGACAAGCUUGGGAAAUUUUUCCUUUGAAUAUAUAAUACGGCUUUUUUUUUUAUCCUAAAGAAUUAUUAUAUUGUCCAAAUUUUAAAGAAAAGCCUUAAAAAUCUGAAUGUACUAAAUUGAUUAUAUUUUUUGUAGUAUUUGAAAUAGUUUUUCUGCUUAGUUCUAAAGUAAAUAUACUUUAAAAAUAGAAAAUAGUAAAACAUUUUAUUUUGAUAUUUCAAAUAAUCUAGUGAUUUAAGGAUGAAGUAAAUAUUUUCGAAACAUGAACUAUGAUUAUUUUGCUAUAGUUGAGUCUCGAUUAUUUUGAUUGUUUAUUCAUAUGAUGAAAAAAAGUUGUAAUGAUAAUGCAAGACACUCACCUAUGAAAACUAAUUUAUAUAUAGUUUUAGAGUCUGUUAUAAUUUUUUUUUUUAUCAGGUUUACAUUUAAAGUCACUUUAAAAGUUUGAUUAAUUUAAGUAAUCUCUACACCCAGCUUGGGGCUUGAAAUCACAACCCUGAGAUCAAGAGUCACACGCUCUCCUGACUGAGCCAACCAGGCACCCUAACAUUUGAAACUGCUUUUAUUUCAUUUGCAUUAAUACAGGUUUUCAUUUUUCAGAGGUAAUCUUUAAACUGAUAGGUAAAAGAAUACAGAAACAGCUUGAGAGAUAAAAAUAGAUAACUGAGUUUACUGACAUCCCAGAGCUUCUACUAAGAUUUGGUAAUUCAUUACAGUUGAGUGGUGUUUUGACACAGAGGGAUAGUCCAAAAUGGCGGAGGAAUAGGAGACCUUAGUUUCGUCUGGUCCCAGGAAUUCAGCUACAUAGCUAUCAAAUCAUUCUGAAUACCUGCGAACGCAACCAAAGAUCUAAAGGAAUAGCUGCAACUCUACAAAUAGAAAAGUGACCACUUUCUACAAGGUAGAAGGUGCAGAGAAGUGAAUGUGAGGCAAUAAAUGGGAAGAUAAACUGUGAGAGGAGGGAGCCUCUGUCAGCAGUCCCGGAAAGUGAUAUAGCAGAGUGCAAAAUCAGAACUUUUUAAAAGUCUGCUCCAGGGGCACCUGGGUGGCACAGUUGGUUAAGUGUCUGCCCUCGGCUCAGGUCAUGAUCCAGGGUCCUGGGAUCAAGCCCCACAUUGGGCUCUCUGCUCAGUUGGGAGUCUGCUUCUCCUUCUGCCCGUCGUGUCAGCCCCCCAACCCCCAGCUCGUGCUCUCUCUCUCUUUCUCUGUCAAAUAAAUAAAAUAAAAAGUCUGCUCUGGAGAGGAACGUCCCUGCCUGAAAGGUGCUCAGGUGGGGCGGAAUCCUAGGUGGGACAUUGUGGUCUCAGGAUCCUUGGGGUCACAGGAAGAGGGGGGUUGCCUGCGUGUGGCAAAGUUCCCAGGCAUUGGAGCAGGGAAGCUGGCUGCAACCAGCAAUCCCAGGAGUGGGUUCUCAGCUCAGGGUUGCCAUAAACCAGGAACUUUGGCACAGUUGGGUGACCACUCUCCAAGCAGGGGCCCAGCAAGCCGCAGAACCGUGGCAAAACCAUCGCUCUUCCUCCCCUGGGAGGAGUUGCGUGGGUGCACACCAAAGGAGCCUACAGGGUUUGGAACAUGGUCACGUGCCUGAGAUAGAAACUCUUGGACACAGGCUGGGUGAGCACACUGUGGAUGGAGACCAGGGAGAAGUUUUUCUUUAGAAUUUUGGGAUCUAGUUUUCUAACAGACCAAAAUACACACAGGAUCCAGUCUAUUGCUCUCUUCUGUUCACCUGUCUGAUUAUAUUCCACCCCCCCCCCGGUUUCAGGUCCCUUCUGAUUUGUUUAGUGUAUAUUUCUCUGGGGUCGUUGUUGUUUUGUUCUCUUGUUCAUCUAUUCUUCUCUGGACAGAAUGACAAGAUGGAAAACCUCACCUCAAAAAAGAGAACAAGAGACAGUAUGGGACCUAAUCAGUAUGGAUAUAAGUAAGAUGUCAGAACUAGAGUUCAGAAUAACAAUUUUAAAGAUACUAGCUGGGCUUGAAAAAAGCAUAGAAGACACGAGAAUCCCUUUCUGGAGAAAUGAACUAAAAUCUAAUCAAGUUGAAAUAAAGGCUAUUAAUGAGAUGCAAUAAAAAAUGGAGGCUCUAACUGCUAGGAUAAAUGAGGCAGAAGAGAGAAUUAGUGAUAUAGAAGACAAAAUGAUGGAGAAUAAAGCUGAGAAAAAGAUAACAACUGGACCACAGAGGAGAAUUCGAGAGAUAAGUGAUCCAUAAAGUGAAACAGUGUUAGAAUAAUUGAGAUCCCAGAAGAAGAGGAAAGGGUGGGUGGGCAGAAGGUAUACCAGAGUGAAUUAUAGCAGAGAAUUAACCUAAUCUGGGGAAGGAAACAGGCAUCCAAGUCCAGAGAAUCCCUCUCAAAAUCAAUAAAAAUAGAUCACACCCCGACAUAUAAUAGUGAAACUUGGAAAUCUCAGAGACAGAAAAUCCUGAAAGCAGCUCAGGACAAGGAGUCUGUAACCUACAAGAAUAAAAACAUUAGACUGGCAGCAGACUUAUCCACAGAAACCUGGCAGGCCAGAAAGGACUGGCAUGAUACAUUCAGGGUGCUAAAUCAGAAAAAUAUGCAGCCAAGAGUACUUUAUCCAACUAGGAUGUCAUUCAAAAUAGAAGGAGAGAGAAAGCUUCCAGCACAAACAGAAACUAAAAGAAUUAGAUCACCAAACCAGCCGUGUAAGAAAUAUUAAAAGGGAUCCUUUAAGUGAAGAGAGAACCCAAAAGUAACAGAUCAGAAGGGAACAGAGACAGUAUACAGAAAUAGUCACUUUACAGGUAAUAAUAUGGCACUAAUUCAUAUCUUUCAAUAGUUACUCUGCAUGUAAAUGGGCUAAAUGCCCCUAAUGAAAAGACACAGGGUAUCAGAUUGGAUAAAAAAGCAAGACCCAUCAAUAUGAUGUCUGCAAGAGACUCAGACCCAAAGACACCUCCAGAUUUAAAGUGAGGGGGUGGAAAACCAUGUCAUGCUAAUGGACAUCAAAAGAAAGCUGGGGUAGCCAUCCUUAUAUCAGACAAAUUAGAUUUUAAACCAAAAACUGUAAUAAAAUAUAAGAAAGGACAGUAUAUCAAAAUUAAAGGGUCUAUCCAACAAGAAGAUCUAACAAUUGUAAAUAUGCCCCUAACAUGGGAGCAGCCAAUUAUAUAAACCAAUUAGUAACAAAAUUAAAGAAACACAUUGAUAAUAAUACAAAAAUAACAGGGGACUUUAACACCCCACUCACUGCAAUGGACAAAUCAUCUAAACAGAAGAUCAACAAGGAAACAAGGGCUUUGAAUGACACACUGGACAAUAUGGGCUUCAAAAUAUAUUCAGAGCAUUCCAACCUAAAGUAACAGAAUACACCUUCUCGAGUGCACAUGGAACAUUCUCCAGAAUAGAUCACAUCCUGGGUCAUAAAUCAGAUCUCAACUGGUACCAAAAGAUUGGGAUCAUUCCCUGCAUAUUUUCAGACCACAAUGCUUUGAAAACUGAACUCAUUCACAAGAGGAAAUUUGGAAAAAAUCAAAUAUAUGGAGGCUAAGGAACAUCUUACUAAAUGAAUGAGUCAACCAGGAAAUUAAAGAUGAAUUUUAAAAAAUUCAUGGAAACAAAUGAAAAUGAAAACAUAACUCUUCAAAACCUUUGGGAUGCAGCAAAGUCAGUCCUAAGAGGGAAGUAGUAUAUAGCAAUACAAGCCUUUCUCAAGAAACAAGAAAGGUCUCAAAUACACAAUCUAACCUUACACCUAAAGAAGCUGGAGAAAGAACAAAUAAAGCCAAAACCCAGCAGGAAAAGAGCAUUAAUAAAGAUUAGAGCAGAAAUCAAUGGAAUAGAAACCAAAAGAACAGUAGAACAGAUCAAUGAAACUAGGAGUUAGUUCUUUGAAAGAAUUAAUAAGAUUGAUAAACCCCUGGCCAGACUUAACAAAAAGAAAAGAGAAAGGACCCAAAUAAAAUCAGGAAUAACAGAGGAGAGAUCACAAUUACAAGAACAUAUGAGCAACUGAUAUGCCAACAAAUUAGGCAAUCUGGAAGAAAAGGAUGCAUUCCUAGAGACAUAUAAGCUACCAAAACUGAACCAGGAAGAAAUAGAAAACCUGAACAGACAUAUAACUAGCAAGGAAAUUGAUGCAGUAAUCAAAAAUCUCCCAAAAAACUAGAGUCCAGGCUGGAUGGCUUCCCAGGGGAAUUCUACCAAACAUUUAAAGAAGAAUUAAUACCUAUUCUUAUGAAACUGUUUCAAAAAAUAGAAAUGGAAGGAAAACUUCCAAACUCUUUCUAUGAGGCCAGCAUUACCUUGAUCCCAAAACCAAAGACCUGACCAAAAAAGAAUUACAGACUAACAUCCCUGAUAAACAUGGAUACAAAAAUUCUCACCAAGAUACUAGCCAAUAGGAUCCAACAAUACAUUAAAAGGAUUAUUCACCACAACCAAGUGGGAUUUAUUCCUGGGCUGCAAGGGUGGUUCAACAUCUGCAAAUCAAUCAAUGUGGUACACUACAUUAAUAAGGGACAAGAACCAUAUAAUCCUCUCAAUAGAUGCAGAAAAAGCAUUUGACAAAGUAUGGCAUCCUUUCUUGAUUAAAACUCUUCUCAGUAUAGGGAUAGAGGGAACAUGCCUCAAUAUCAUAAAAACCAUACACAAAAAGCCCACAGUGAAUAUCAUUCUCAAUGGGGAAAAACAGAGCUUUUCCUCAAGGUCAGGAACAUGGCAGGGAUGUCCACUAUCACCACUGUUGUUCAACAUAGUACUAGAAGUCCUAGCCUCAGCAAUCAGACAACAAAAAGAAAUAAAAGGCAUCCAAAUUGGCAAAGAAGUCAAACUCUCACUCUUCUCAGAUCACAUGAUACUCUAUGUGGAAAACCCAAAAGACUCCACCCCAAAACUGCUAGAACUCACAGGAAUUCAGUAAAGUGGCAGUAUAUAAAAUCAAUGCACAGAAAUCAGUUGCGUUUAUAUACACCAACAACAAGACAGAAGAAAGACAAAUUAAGGAGUUGAUCCCAUUUACAAUUGCACCCAAAACCAUAAGAUACCUAGGAAUAAAUCUAACCAAAGAGGCAAAGAAUCUGUACUCAGAAAACUAUAGAACACUCAUGAAAGAAUUUGAGGAAGACACAAAGAAAUGGAAAAACGUCCCAUGCUCGUGGAUGUGCAGAACAAAUAUUGUUUAAAUAUCUAUGCUACCCGAAGCAAUCUACACAUUCAAAUGCAAUCCUUAUCAAAAUACUAUCAACUUUUUUCACAGAGCUGGAACAAAUAAUCCUAAAAUUGAUAUGGAACCAGAAAAGACCCCAAAUAGCCAAAGGAAUGUUGAAAAAGAAAACCAAAGCCGGUGGCAUCACAAUUCCGGACUUCAAGCUCUAUGACAAAGCUGUAAUCAUCAAGGCAGUAUGGUACUGGCACAAAAACAGACACAUAGAUCAAUGGAACAGAAUAGAGAGCCCAGAAAUGGACCCUCAACCUGUGGUCAACCAAUCUUCGACAAAGCAGGAAAGAAUAUCCAAUGGAAAAAAGACAGUCUCUUCUACAAAUGCUGUUGGGAAAAUUGGACAGCCACAUGCAGAAGAAUGAAACUGGACCAUUUCCAUACACCAUACAUAAAAAUAGACUCAAAAUGGAUGAAAGACCUAAAUGUGAAAUAGGAAUCCAUUAAAUCCUAGAGAACACAGGCAGCAACCUCUGUGACCUUGGUUGCAGUAACUUCUUGCUAGACACAUCCCCAAAGGCAAGGGAAACAAAGGCAAAAAUGAACUAUCGGGACUUCAUCAGGAUAAAAAGCUUUUGCACAGCAAAGGAAACAGUCGACAAAGCUGAAAGACAACCAAUAGAAUGGGAAAAGAUAUAUGCAAGUGCCUUAUCAGAUAAAGGGUUAAUAUCCAAAAUCUAUAAAGAACUUAUCAAACCCAACACCCAAAGAAUAAUCCAAUCAAGAAAUGGGCAGAAGACAUGAACAGACAUUUCUCCAAAGAAGACAUGCCACUAGCCAACAGACACAUGAAAAAGUGCUCAACAUUACUUGGCAUCAGGGAAAUACAAAUCAAAACCACAAUGAGAUACCACCUCACACCAGUCAGAAUGGCUAAAAUUAACAAGUCAGGAAAGGACAGAUGUUGGUGAGGAUGUGGAGAAAGGGGAGCCCUCCUACACUGUUGGUGGGAAUGCAAGCUGGUGCAGCCACUCUGGAAAACAGUAUGGAGGUUCCUCAAAAAGUUGAAAAUAGAGCUGCCUAUGACCCAGCAAUUGCACGACUAGGGAUUUACCCCAAAGAUAUAAACGUGAUCCAAAGGGGCACCUACACCCCAGUGUUUGUAGCAGCAGUGUCCACAAUAGCCAAACUAUGGAAAGAGCCCAGACGUCCACUGACAGAUGAAUGGAUAAAAAUGUGGUAUAUAUAUACACACAAUGGAAUACUACUGAGACAUUAAAAAAAAAAAAAAGAAAUCUUGCCACUUGUAACUACAUGGAUGGAACUAGAGGGUAUUAUGCUAAGCAAAAUGAGUCGAUCAGAGAAAGACUAUUAUCUUAUGAUCUCAUAUGUGGAAUUUAAGAAACAAAACGGAAUCAUAGGGGACGAGAGAAAAAAAGAAAAGGCAAAAUCAGAGAGGGAGACAAACCAUAAGAGACUCUUAAUCAUAGGAAACAUACUGAGGAUUGCAGGAGGGGAGGGAGUUGGGGAUGGGGUAACUGGGUGAUGGACAUUAAGGAGGACAUGUGAUGUAAGGAGCACUCGGUAUUAUAUAGGACUGAUGAGUCACUGACCUCUACCUCUGGAACUAAUAAUACAUUAUAUGUUAACUAAUUGAAUUUAAAUUAAAAAAAUAAAUUUAAAAAAACAAUUGUAUUUUAAAUGUUUUGUGUGUAGAGGGUCGGGGUGGGUGGAAGUGUGUGUGUGUGUGCUUGCACAUAUAUAAUUGCUUUCAACAUUAAUUUAUUUCUGAUAAUAGAAACUUAAACAGAUAGAUUACUUUUACAAUGUAUUACCUUAAAAAUUGUUUUUCUGGGGCACCUGGAUGACUCAGUUGGUUAAGCAUCUGCCUUCAGCUCAGGUCGUGAUCCCAGAGUCCUGGGAUCGAGCCUGGCAUCGGGCUCCCUGCUCAGCGGGGAGUCUGCUUCUCCCUCUGUCUCUCCCCCUGACUUGUGCUCUCUCACUCUUUCUCUCAAAUAAAUAAAUAAAAUCUUUUUAAAAAAUUGUUUUUUUAAUAAAAUAUUAAAUAAUGCGUCCUAAGAUAAUGUAAUGUUUUUUGGCCUGGCAGCCUAACAAUUUUUUAAAAAUUAAUUACUCAUUUAUAGCAGAAUUUACAGUAAACAUUAAUUAUCUUCAAAAUGUUUAUCUCAAAGAUAGUAUCAUUGACUUUUGUUUUAGUCAGAUGCAUUUAAAUUGUUCCAGGCUAACUGUUCCUACCAAAAUUCUUAGGCUCAUAUUUUCAGAAUUGUCUUUAUUUCUGUAAUCAUUUAAUCCAUUCAACUCUUAAAAAAAAAUGUUUCAUUUCUGAGCACAUGUCAAUAUAAAAAUCACUGAUGUAUUCUUUUUUUUUUUUAAAGAUUUUAUUUAUUUAUUCAUGAGAGACAGAGAGAGAGAGAGAGAAGCAGGCUCCCAAGGAGCAGGGAGCCCGAUGCGGGACUCGAUCCCAGGACCUUGGGAUCAUGACCUCAGCCGAAGGCAGACGCUUAACCAUCUGAGCCACCCAGGCGCCCCACUGAUGUAUUCUUUUUUUUUUUUUUUUAAAGAUUUUAUUUAUUUAUUCAUGAGAGACAGAGAGAAACAGAGGGAGAAGCAGGCUCCCAAGGAGCGGGAAGCCCGAUGCGGGACUCGAUCCCAGGACCCUGGGAUCAUGACCUGAGCCGAAGGCAGACGCUUAACCAUCUGAGCCACCCAGGCGCCCCCCACUGAUGUAUUCUUUGACUACAUAUUUUGUUUGAUUUUUAUUUUAAACAUUAUCCUCUGAGAGUAAGGUGAUAGAAGAAAGAGGGUAAGGUGAUGAAGGUAUGCUUGAGGAUGAAAUUUUAAAUACAUUGCUGUAUUCAUUAUAAAGGAAAAUCUAUAAAUCCUGGAUUUUCAUAAAAAUCUCCCUUGCUCAAUUAUCCCAAAAAUGUUUUUGGUAUUUACCAUAAGCAUCUCUGAAGGGCAUUAUAGUCUUGAGGAGAGGCACUUCAGUGGACACAAAGGCUCUCCUUUCAUGAGUUAGGCAAGUUUCCCAGUGAGGGAAGAGAAAAAGACCAAAACCCAAUUCUAUCAUUUGAAAAAAAGGAAUUGUUUUCUUGGAAAAGAAAUAGAGAUCAUUUGUGUCAAAAAAUGCUAUGUAUGUUGCCAAAAAUAUAAAAUACUGAAUAUUUUCAAUUAACACUAUAGUUUCUAUGGGUACAUUUUUUAAAAAGAUUUUAUUUAUUUAUUUAUUUAUUUAAUUGACAGAGAGAGAAACACACACAGCGAGAGAGGGAACAGAAGCAGGGGGGAGUGGGAGAGGGAGAAGCAGGCUUCCAGCCGAGCAGGGAGCCUGAUGCAGGGCUUGAUCCCAGGACCCCGGGAUCAUGACCUGAGCCAAAGGCAGUCACUUAACCAACUGACCCAGGCGCCCCUCUAUGGGUACAUUUAAGUAUGCAAACUUAAUAGAAAAAGUUUGGUGAGGGUAUAUACUAAAUGGAUGACAUUGACUAAGGUGGAGGGUGGUCAAAAGGAAUGUUAGCCUUAUUUGUUAUGUUUAAUUUUUUAUAUAAGGAAGAUUAUAGUUUUAUAAAGUUUAAAAAUCAUAAUCAACUGAGACUAGACUUCAGAAUAAGAAAUUGUCUUCUUGCAGUUCAAUAUAUGACUACCAUAUGCCUUUCAUUUCUAAGAUAAGGACUCAGUGUUAUGGAGAUCGGGUGGAAUUCAUUUACUCUUCAGAGUAUAUCUCCUGAUGUUUGAGGUAGCAUGAAAGGGAAGUAAAUGUCUGCAAAAAUAUGUGAUGUUUAUAACAGUGAAAAUUUUUAAUAGUAGGAUGGAAUACCGUGCAGCCUUAAAAAAAAAUGAUGCUGUAGACCAUGGCUUAGCAGCGACAGCCCUUGGGCUGAAUCCUGUGCAGCACAGUGGAGUUUUUGCAUUUUUUUAAAAAAGAUUUUACUUAUUUAUUUGUCAGAGAAAGAACACAAGCAGGGGCAGAGGGAGAGGGAGAAGCAGGCUCCCCGCUGAGCAGGGAGCCCAAUGCGGGACUCGAUCCCAGGACCCCGGGAUCAUGACCUGAGUCGAAGGCAGACGCUUAACCAACUGAGCCACCCAGGGGGCCCUAGUUUUUGCAUUUUUUUUUUAAAGAUUUUAUUUAUUUAUUUGGGACAGAGAAUCAGAGAGACAUGAGAGGGGGGAGGGUCAGAGGGAGAAGCAGGCUCCCUGCCGAGCAGGGAGCCCGAUGUGGGACUCGAUCCCAGGACUCCAGGAUCAUGACCUGAGCCGAAGGCAGUCACUUAACCAACUGAGCCACCCAGGCGCCCCUAGUUUUUGCAUUUUUAAAUGUUUGAGAAAUCAAAAGAUGAUUUGGUGACACAUGAAAAUUAUAUGAAAUUCAGCUUUCUGUGUCUUUAAAGUUUUAUUGGAAUACAGCCAUACCUGCUUUCAUGCUACAGCUGCAGUUGAGUAGUUGCAAAAGACUAUGUAGCUUGAAAAGUCUAAAACAUUUCUUCUCUGGCCCUUUACAGAAAAGGUUUGCCAAAAAAGAAAAAUGAAAAAGUUUGCUAACUUCCACUCUACAAGAAUACAAAAUAACAUGAAAAUAAUCAUAAUACAGUAUAUAGUUAUUUUGCUUCUUAUAUUCUCCACUAUAUAAAUGCCCAGAAGUGGAAUUGCUGGUCAUAUCAUAUUUAAAAAUUUAAAUGUUCCUGGGGCACCUGGGUGGCUCAGUCGUUAAGCAUCUGCCUUCGGCUCAGGUCAUGAUCCCAGAAUCCUGGGAUCAAGCCCUGUGUCAAGCUCCCUACUCAUCGGGGAGUCUGCUUCUCCUCUCUCUCUCUCUCUCUCUUCCCCCCUCACUCUCGCGCUCUCUCAAAUAAAUAAAAUCUUUUUAAAAAAUUUAAAUGUUCCCUUUAUUGUGUUUUCCUUCAUCAACCUCACCAUUUGGGGUUUUUAAUCAAUUUGUUUUGAUAUUGGGUACUGCUAUCACUCUGAGACCAUUGUGUUUACUUAAUGGAAGUAUGAUCGAGUUACUUGAGUGAAUCUCAUGAAUGACUGCAAAUUGGCAUCUUAACACCUAAACUUUUAUUUUUUAAGAAAUAAGGCAAUGGGCCAGAUUGAUUUUGAUAAGGAUUGAACCAUUUAAACCUUUAUUGUUCAAAAGAUUAAUGAGCCACCAACCUGCUUCAGAUAAACUAUUACAUUCCUUUUUUGAACUAAAUACUUCCAGAAUUUAUACCCCUUGGCAAGUAAAAGUUACUGUGCUUAAAUUCCAAAAGAAAUUUCAUAUCAGAAAGUCUGUGAAAUGUGAAAAAGUAGGCUGUUGAGUUUUCCAAAAGUAAAUCGUAAGGUAAACAUUUUAAUCUUGGCUCCUUAGCUGUUUCCCUAAAAACACAAUCCAUUGACAGCCACAGUCAGCUGAGACUGUGUGUAACCCCUCCAUCACAUGAGGGCUCAGCCACAGGCCCCCGCAAUGUUACCCAUCUACAGGGACCACUCAGGGGCAACUGGAGUUGGUGAGGUUAGGUGUCAGGCAUGGAAACGCUGCUGCAGUUGUGGGGACGUGUUUACAGUGAAGGCUUAUUAAUGGAACCUCUCUGGGGCUUGACCAGCUCCUAUCUUUACUUCACCUUUUUCUUGGUAUGUUGUGGAGAUGAUACGUGAGCCAACUAGGAUGAUUCCAUCUACUUUCUGUCUUCUAGAGUUCUUACAUCUUCUAGACCACUGCCUUCAUGCCAGUGUUACCAUCGAUGUACUACCACUUUCCUGGCAUUUUUCUGAGAUCCUUAGACAAGAGAGAGCCAAAUGCAUGUGCUUAUUUUGCUGUCUUAAAUUAGGAGUCAGAAAAGUGCACUUCGAAAAGUGUUUAUAAUAUAUACAAUCAUAUUUUAAGUGAAUUUGAAAAUUAAAAGCCUUUUGUUUUGCCUAAACAAUUCCUGAUAGGGCCACUAGAGGGUUCCAAAAAUCAGAGCAUUGUAGAUGAAAAUUAACAGAUUUUACAACAUAAUCCGGAAAAUACGUUCACUCACUUAAAAGUUGCCAGUCUAAUAGGCUGGUUUGUUGUUCUUUCUUUUUUUCAUUGCCAGGUUCCUUGAAUUAACCCUCUUUAGCCCCUUGCCAUCAGACUUAUUUUUACCUUUCUCCUGAUUCUGUCAGUUAUCUAUUGGCUGCAAAUGAAUCAUGUCCCAAGAGUUUAUUUGUAGGUCAAAUGUUUACAAAAUAGAAUGUGUUUUCCCAGAGAGGUAAUAAUGUAACUAAUUAUUGGUGCUGAGGUGAGCCCAUGAAGAAUUAAAUGGAAGAACUGUGUAUACAUUUUAUUUUAAGAUUUUAUUUAUUUGUUUGAGAGAGAGAGAGAAUAAGCUGGGGGGAGGAGCAGAGGGAGAGGCAGAAGCAGACUCCCUGCUGAGCAGGGAGCCCAAUGUGGAACUCAAUCCCAGGACCCUGAGAUCAUGACCUGAGCUGAAGGCAGAUACUUAACUGACUGAGCCACCUAGGCACCCUACAUUUUUUUUUAA